AUGAUGGACGAAAUUGUUGUUCCACCAAUACGGAUAGAGGUGGCUUGCACCCCCAGAUUUAACAAAACGGAACAAAGCUGCCUAGUUUAUCAGCAUGUGCACGAUGUGCUGGAAGAACGGGAAACGAUUCGUACGGGCACCACCUUCCCGAUACCGGUACCGUACGUGCUAGAGGUGGAGGUGUGCACCAACAUCGAUCAGUACAUGGCACGAUCGGCGCUACAGUUCUAUUUCUACGUGGUGCAGGAAACACAAACCGUGCCGGAAACCAUCGACCACGACACAGAGGAGGUGGUCAUUUCCCAACAUACGCUACUGCCGUCCCGAGAGCUGGUCGGUUUGUGGCAGAGCUUGAUCUACGAGGAUGGCGUGAAGGACAGUAUGCUAGCGUUUGCCGAAAGUUCGAUGUUGUUCGCCCGAAAGGGUGUCGAUAAGAAUCUGAUCACCUGCAACCGGUUGGCGCUGUUCCACGGACCGCCGGGCACGGGCAAAACGAGCCUUUGUAAGGCCAUUGCACAGAAGCUUGCCAUACGCUUAAAUGAGCAGUAUCGCCACGCGCAUCUGGUCGAGAUCAACAGUCACAGCUUGUUUUCACGCUGGUACUCCGAGAGUGCCAAGCUGGUGCAGAAAGCGUUUAUCGAAAUUAUGGCAUUGCUAGAGGACGAGCAUUCGUUGGUGUGUGUGCUGGUGGAUGAGAUUGAAUCGAUUGCAUAUGCGCGAGACAAAAUUUCCUCAAACGAACUGAGUGAUAGCAUACGGGUGGUAAAUGCCGUACUAACACAGCUGGACCGGUUACGUCAUUUUCCAAACGUAUUCAUCCUAGCCACUUCCAAUCUAACGGAAAGCAUUGACGCGGCAUUCCUUGAUAGAGCCGAUUUCGUGCAGUACAUAGGCCAUCCGACCGAGCGGGCCGUGUACGAAAUUUAUCGUUCGGUCCUUACUAACCUGCAGACGAUCGGGAUUAUUGAAAAAGAAAGCAAAUUUAACCGACGACUGUCGGGAUCGGUAUCGGGCGGUAUCCCUUCCUACGAGCGUGCAGUCGAACCGGGAAGAGCAAGUUGCACGGUGCUCGAUAUUCUACUGCAGAUCGUUAAGCUGUCGGCAGGACAAAGCGGACGAACGUUGCGCAAGAUUCCAUUCCUAGCGCACGCACUGUACGUGAAGAAGGAAACGGACAGUAUGGUGAAUUUUCUGACUGCCAUGCGUCAAGCGAUACGUAAGGUGCGCAAAGAUAAGCGCCUGUUGGUGGAUUGUACCGCCGAGGACGAUCCAUCGGUGGAGGAUGUUUCGAAUUGA